CCUUCCAGCUCAUUUGACUACAUGCUGUUCUGUACUUUCUGUAUGAGACAACGACGACAUCAUUACACCUUUAGCAGCAUAUAGACGAGCUGUUACCAACAUAUUACCGACUAUAAUCACAGAUAAUGUAAAUAAGAGGUUAAUACAGUAUUUAAAGUUUACACAGGAAGCAGAAGGACCAGGUGAGAGAUUAAUAUCCUCAGAGAGGACAGGACAGGAUAGGGGACCUUUAAACCAGAGUUCUUCUCCUGUGGUGUCAGAGGAGACAGGAUGUUGAGCUUCAGUCUGUGGGCUUUUCUACCUCCAGUCUACGCUGUGCUCACUGCUGCUGGACUGUGGACCGUAUACUUUGUGGCUGUCAAUGAUGGGAGGAUUGCACCGCUGGGUUCAAAAUACAGGAGAAGAAAUGGAUCCUUUUAUCCUCCUUACAUUAGUAUUGCGGGCAACUUUCCACCAGCCAGCUGCAUCUUCAGUGAGAUCAUGAACUUGGCUGCGUUUGUAGGGUUCAUUAUUGCCGUCCUCAGAUACGUUCAGCUGAGACACAAGAUGGACAAACAGUGGCUGAACGUCGGGAGUCUGGUGGCUUUCUCUAUCGCCUGCUUUGGAAUGACGCUUGUGGGAAACGUUCAGCUAUACUCCGGGGAGAUGAUCCACAACUUUGGCACCUUCUUGACAUUUGGCCUGGGAACGUUGUUCUGCUGGGUUCAGUCCUACAUCACCGUGAGAGUUAAUCUGAAGAAUGAAGGGAGGAAGGCCGGUAUCCUCCGCUUCCUGUUGUCUGGGUGCAUCACCGUCUGCAUGAUUCCCCACAUCGCCCUGAUGGCUCAAGGCUUCCACAUGCAAGCGGCUCAGUUGCAGUGGGCGGUGGCCAUGUUCUUCCUCGCCUUCUUCGGCACUUUUGCCAUCGAGUUUCGUCACAACCGCUUUUCCAUCGUGUGCACAGACAACUCUGGUGGUCCAGGAAGCUAUGCAGAGACCCUCUCUGAAGUGUCCCGGCACCAGCCGGAUCAACUUUAGGGAUGUUACACUGUCUCACGUUCAAAGAUCUGCAGGAGACGCAUGGAUCAGCAACUUUAAAAUGCAUUUAUUCCUUCUAAACAAACUGUUACCAUUACUUGAUCACCACUUCAUGUUUGCAUGUCUGACAAUUACAUCUUUUUUUAUUUAGAAGCAUUUAAACAUAGAAAACCUGCUGGGUCAUUUUUUCUUUUAUAUACAAGGGUGUUUUAACACUUCUUUUUAAACAUUGCAAAUUAUUUUUGUAUCUUUUCAAAUGUUUUAGUUUUUUAGGGGAUUGCAUGAAUCUAUAGAUUUUAUGAUUUAAAAUGCAAGUUUGCACAAGUACGCAAUCAGUAUCAAUAAAUAUACAGCAACAUUUUGAUUUUUAAUAAUCGUCAGUGUCGAUAAAUUUAGCACCUUUUUCAGAGUUUUCUUCCUCAUUGUUUCUUCAGCCUAGAUU